CUUUGUUCUGCGAGACAUUUCUACUAGGCGCCUAUUAAAGCGGGCGCCGCCAAUUGGCUAGCUGGUCGCCUUGUCUGAGGUCUCUUUUCUUUCUUGCCGGUUUUCCCUCUUUUUCUACUCCGUCACGGAACAGUCUCUUUCAGAGUUUUUUUCAGCCAACAACUCCCUCUCUGGGGUUCUUCGUGUCUGGGUUCACCUUUCGUGUCGAAACUUGCUGUGUGUCAUUUUCUCAGAGAACGGAGAGCCUCACAGUCAUGUGUCUGCUGUCUCUCAGGUAGGAGGGUUGCAUGAGAAUCGGGGGAUUGCCAUGUUCCUGAGGUUCUUGAACCAACGCAGGUCUCAUCUCGCACACGGAUCCGUUCGUCGCAGCUGUUCUCUUUUCGUUUAGUCCUGUCUCCCUCUCUGCUGCCCAGUUCCUCCUCUCAUCUCUGUCUUUGCAAUCCUUUCGCGUGCUCUACCUCUCUCGUGACGCUUUACCUUCUCGUCUGUUUCUCCAGUUCUGUUUUCUGUUGCAUCUGAUUGCAAACUCGCUUUGUCUUGUCCCCUCUCUCCGCGACACCUUGCUGGUGGUCUUUAUAUCCCCCAGCCCACGCGGCCUCUGUCACGCUUCCACUCUUCUUCCUGCGACCCCCCGUUUUCUCCGUGAGUCUCCUCUCUUGCGGUUCUUCUCCUGCGUCCCUAAGACUCUGCCCCAGUCACCGCGGCUCCCCUCGUCCUCUUGGCCGCGAUGUCGGGCAAGCAGCCUUCUCAAAGGGCGGGAGACGUGGAUUUCCCGUUCUGUGUCACGCCGGCGUUUGGCUCUCCCGCCUGUUCGCCCCCUUCGUCUCCCCGCAAGGCCGCUUCUCCUUCGACGAGCAUUUCUUUUCCGACGCCGCCGCCUCCUCGGCCUCUCUCUUCCCCACGGUUUCCGUUCGAGUGUGCCUACCCCAGUACAGACGCAUUUAACGCGUUCUUCUCUCAGAAGAGAGACAAACGCUGGGAUCCCUCGGACUCAGAGAAGGUUUGGCCGUUCGCCUACGACCCUUUCGCGAGCGACGAGGACACAGGCAGGCCUAGCAAGGAAACGCGCUUCGUCUAUGGGCCUUACCUCUACCCUCGUACCGCACGCACUGUGGUUCCCGUCAAUCCCGUGGACGGGGACAGGGAUCUCGACGGAUCUCCACGGUCAGGGACUUUAGGCGACCGAAGGCGAGAACGCAGGCUGUCAUGCGGAGGCCACAGGAAAGAGACACGCGAGCACAAAAGCUCUCGGAAGACGCGCUCCGGAGCGUCCUCUCCGCCUCGAGGCAGCGCCCCCGCUUCGUCCCUUCCCGCCACGCCUAGGGAGCCGAAGAAGACAGCCAAGGCCCGCUCCGAGAUGGACUCCAGUCUACGACCACAGUCGCAUCGCGAGGUUCCGGGCAAGGACAACCGGGCGGCGGGGAGCUCGCGAGUGCGGGGCAAAGAGAGCUGGGCGUGGUCUCAGCCUGUCCUUUCCUCGGCUGUACCUCAAGAUGAACUCCCCACUUUUGGGAUGCGGAAAAUAGAUCGGCGAAAAGCGAUUCUGGGGCUCGUGCGCCCAGUCCCGAUCCGGGAGCCUCCCUUGCACGACGACUCGCUGAGUCUCCCCGCGACCUGGAAACAGAGCACCUUUGUGGCGCCGCCGACAGAGGACGAAGUCAGGAGUCUGAAGCGCUUUCCCGAAGAAAUCGCGAGAAGAACUGCCGAGGAUGGCGCCGUGUUCCGGCACAGACGACACCCCUUCGUUCUCCAGUACGCGGAAGAGAAGGUGCGUCGCCUGCUCCGGCGCAUACGCGAGGACUUAAGGAAACUGGACAUCGAAGAGCGAGGAAAAGGAGCGGCGAGAGACGAGGAAUAUUCCACGCUCGGGGCGAAGUUCGAGAAAGAGUUGCUGAAGAUGGUCCUCAAAGACAUACAGCAGAAUCAACCCGCACUGGCCUGUCUCGAGGACGAGUACAAACUCGUCAAGGGAGACAACUGGACCUGGACGAUGCUGGAUCGAGAUCGGUGGACGCGAUCCGGCAUCUUGAGAAGACUCAUGAAGGAAGGCAAGGUGCUUUUUCAAUCGGAUUUGGAAGAGAGACAGUAUGCACAAGACUACGAACGUUUUCUAGUCAAGCCCUUCCGCCCCCCUCGCUUGGACUGGGGAGGGGAAGCGUACUACGCCUCCAUCAAGUUGGAUAAGGAAGACUACACAGCAUGUAUCAACGAGCUUCUGGACCAGGAGGAUAAGGAGAGAACAGCCAAGCUGCGAAAGAGAGACGAAGAACGGAGACGGGCCGACGCGGAACUGGAACGGCAAAAAAAACUCCUCGUAAACCACGAUCGGGUUAUCAAGUACCUCGAGGUGGCGGAUGGAAGACUUCCUCGUCUGUUCGAAGGAGUGGCGCGGUCCCGAAGGAAGAAACACCCGAAGAACUGCACCGUUUCCUCCGGCCGCCUCAGACUAUAUGCGGAACAUGUCGACAGUAUAACACUCUGUCCCUUCUUGAUAGUUGACAUGGAUCGGGCCUUGUGUCAAGGCUGGCGACAGUGGGGCGGACGAGGAGCUCAGAUCAAACACAUGGAUCCUCCUAGAGGCAUUCCUCCAGACAAAUACCCUGUAACAAAGGAAUCGAUGCAGGCAGCGAUGCAGAAGCUGAAACUUCCCGGCCAAGCUGACGAAGCCUUCGAUCUUAUGGCAGCAAAACAGAAAAAACGGGAGAGACAGGCGGAGCCUGAAAAGGUGCUUGGGGGUGGCCGCUAUGCUGUGUGAGGCGAGCGUGCUCAAUUGGCGUAGAGUCCGUAAAUUGCCGUCUUCGUGGCAGCGAACUCAAGAAAGCAGAGAUCCCGGCUUGAGGAUUCGAUCUUUUCUUGAGGAAAAGAACGAAACUUGAGUAACGCGGCGGCACAGUGUUCGUUUUCCUACAGUGGUGCCCCUGCUUCGUUGGUGAGUCCGUCAACAAGAACAAGACGCGAUCCCUCUUAGGACUGUUUCUCGCUACUCUUUCAGCCUCUAAUCUUCUUUGCAUGAAAUAAAGAAGUCUACGCGUUAGUUACCCGGGGGGAAUGGGCACAAUAUCUCUCAGAUCGUAGGCGUACGACCCUUCCGUGUGUAAAACUGCGUCCAGCGGGAGUGAGUUUGUUCUUACUUUAGUUGUGCGCUGCUGCGCUUAGAAAGCUUCGGAAUGGUACAGCUCAUGUAGUGAAUCAUUCACCUCUAAGAAGGCCACUCCACUUUUCCAGGCGCAUCCUUCAUUCUUUCCCCACCCCUUGAGGAAGUUGCUGCAGGCCAGCCCCCAAGAGAAGGGGACGUGUUCUUCAACCAGGGACGCUUGUCGUCUUUGCAGAAGUUCAAGAAAAGUUGGCAAAGUGUCGAUACAGGCACUGCGUGUGAAGGGAACUUUUCUCCGCUAGGUGACACGAGAGGACAGUGUUCUCUGCAGUGCAUGUGGUGUAUAACAAGGUAUACCUCUACACCAAAUCCAAUGAGACCCCGACGUCCGAACUCUCCACAGCUACGUUUGAUCGAUGUACA